GGCGCGUGCCAUGGCCCCACACUGGGCGGCGUGGCUGCUGGCGGCGGGGCUUUGGGGCCUGGGCAUCGGGGCUGAGGUGUGGUGGAACCUCGUGCCCCGGAAGACAGUAUCUUCUGGGGAGCUGGCCACCGUUGUGCGGCGAUUCUCCCAAACCGGCAUCCAAGACUUCCUGACGCUGACCCUGACGGAGCGCCCCGGGCUUCUGUACGUGGGGGCCCGGGAGGCGCUGUUCGCCUUCAGCGUGGAGGCCUUGGAGCUGCAAGGAGUGAUCUCCUGGGAGGCCCCAGCCGAGAAGAAGACUGAAUGUAUCCAGAAAGGGAAGAGCAACCGGACGGAGUGCUUCAACUUCAUCCGCUUCCUGCAGCCGUACAACGCCUCUCACCUCUACGCGUGCGGCACCUACGCCUUCCAGCCCAAGUGUGCUUACAUCGACGUGCUCACCUUCACCUUGGGGAGCGGAGAGUUUGAGGACGGGAAGGGGAAGUGUCCCUACGACCCCGCCAAGGGCCACACGGGCCUCCUCGUGGACGGCGAGCUGUACUCGGCUACGCUCAACAACUUCCUGGGCACGGAGCCCGUCAUCCUGCGGAACAUGGGGCCCCACCACCCCAUGAAGACCGAGUACCUGGCCUUCUGGCUGAACGAACCCCACUUUGUCGCCUCCGCCUACGUCCCCGAGAGCGUGGGGAGCGCCGUGGGAGACGACGACAAGAUCUACUUCUUCUUCAGCGAGCGGGCGGUGGAGUACGACUGCUACGCGGAGCAGGUGGUGGCCCGCGUGGCCCGCGUCUGCAAGGGCGACAUGGGCGGCGCGCGGACCCUGCAGAAGAAGUGGACCACCUUCUUAAAGGCGCGCCUGGCCUGCUCUGCGCCCGGCUGGCAGCUCUACUUCAACCAGCUGCGCGGCGUGCACACCCUGCGGGGCGCCUCCUGGCACAACACCACCUUCUUCGGGGUUUUCCGGGCGCGCUGGGGUGACGUGGACCUGUCGGCUGUCUGUGAGUACCAGCUGAAAGACAUCCAGCGGGUGUUCGAGGGCCCCUACAAGGAGUACCACGAGCAGGCCCAGAAGUGGGGCCGCUAUACCGACCCCGUCCCCAGCCCUCGGCCCGGCUCGUGCAUCAACAACUGGCACCGCAGCCACGGCUACGCCAGCUCCCUGGAGCUGCCGGACAACACCCUCAACUUCAUCAAGAAACACCCGCUGAUGGAGGAGCAGGUGGGGCCCCGCUGGGGCCGCCCCCUGCUCGUGAAGAAGGGCACCAACUUCACCCAGCUGGUGGCUGACCGGGUCACGGGGCUCGAUGGGGCCACCUACACGGUGCUGUUCAUCGGCACAGGAGACGGCUGGCUGCUGAAGGCCGUGAGCCUGGGGCCCUGGGUGCACCUGAUUGAGGAGCUGCAGGUGUUUGACCAGGAGCCCGUGGAAAGCUUGGUGUUGUCGCAGAGCAAGAAGCUGCUCUUUGCGGGCUCUCGCUCGCAGCUGGCACAGCUGCCCCUGGCCGACUGCGGGAAGUACCGCUCCUGCGUGGACUGCGUCCUGGCGCGGGACCCCUCCUGUGCCUGGAAUGUCAACGCCAGCCGCUGCGUGGCCGUGGGCAGCCACUCUGGAUCCCUGCUGAUGCAGCACGUGUCGGGCCUGGACACCUCGGGCAUCUGCAACUUGCGCACUAGGAAAGUCAGGCUAACACCCAAAAACAUCACGGUGGUAGCCGGCACAGACUUGGUGCUGCCCUGCCGGCUCUCCUCCAACCUGGCCCGCGCCCGCUGGACCUUUGGGGGCCGAGACCUGCCCGUGGAACAGCCUGGCUCCUUCCUGUACGACGCCCAGCUGCAGGCGCUCGUGGUGAUGGCUGCCCAGCCGCGGCACGCCGGGGCCUACCACUGCUUCUCGGAGGAGCAGGGGGCCCGGCUGGCCGCAGAGGGCUACCUGGUGGCCGUCGUCGCGGGCCCCUCCGUGACCCUGGAGGCCCGGGCUCCCCUGGAGAACCUGGGGCUGGUGUGGCUGGCUGUGGUGGCCCUGGGGGCCCUGUGCCUGGUGCUGCUGCUGCUCGUCCUGUCGCUGCGCCGGCGGCUGCGGGAGGAGCUGGAGAAGGGCUCCAAGGCCGCCGAGAGGACCCUGGUGUACCCCCUGGAGCUGCCCAAGGAGCCCGCCAGCCCCCCCUUCCGGCCCGGCCCUGAAACGGACGAGAAGCUUUGGGAUCCGGUUGGCUACUACUACUCGGACGGCUCCCUCAAGAUCGUGCCCGGACACGCCCGGUGCCAGCCGGGGGGCGGGCCCCCCUCUCCGCCCGCCGGCAUCCCCGGCCAGCCCCUGCCUUCCCCGACGCGGCUGCACCUGGGCGGCGGGCGCAGCUCCAACGCCAACGGCUACGUGCGGCUGCAGCUGGGCGGGGAGGACCGCGCGGGGCUGGGGAACCCCCUGCCCGAGAUCGCGGACGAACUGAGGCGCAAGCUGCAGCAGCGCCAGCCGCUGCCGGACUCCAACCCCGAGGAGUCCUCGGUAUGAGGGGAGCCCCCCUCCGCGUCUCCGCGCGCGGGGGUGCAGCGCCUCCUUUUGCACAGGCACCAGCUACCUCAGGGACACGGCCGGCGGGGGCUCGGGCCCGCCCGGCCACGGGCGCCGCUCCGCGGGGCUCGCCGGGGCUCGGCCUCCCGGGAGGCCCGGUCCUCUGUGAGUCUCGGCCACGUGGGACCCCGGCAGCCAAACUGUCCAAGGCAGGAGUUUGAGUGUGUGCGUGCGUCUGUGUGCGUGUGCGCGUGGGUCUGCGUGCGGGUCUGUG